AAAAAAGUGAAGCAAGCGAAUCAAAAAAAUGUCCAUAUGUUGUUUAAAUGUUCUUAUCAUCCUGUGGCUGGUUACGUUGUGCAUGGGAAAAUCAAACUACGACGUGAAAUUUGAAUCGAUUCAGAAUAUAAAGGGGGAAGAGAAAACCCUGGUGGAAUUCAAUUUGAAAAUAAUUGGACGAUAUCGAAGGAUCAAUGGAUCCAUCCUGUUUCACGUUGAUUUGGAUGAGCAUUUUGACGUAUGGAUGGAUUUCGCGAAAAUUAAGAAUGGAGAAUGGAUUCCAAUGAAUUUAAAAAUGCACACAAAGCCAUGCAAUUUUUUCAAUAACGUUUUUGAAAAAUAUUGUAAAUCAAUGCUUAAGAACUCGAAUUUCCCCACUGGCGAUGGCGUGUGCCCGAUAAACAAGGGUGAUUAUUAUCUCAAAAAUAGUUUCUUGUCCACUGACUAUUUGCCAACGUCCAUAAUGAAAGGGCUCAGCAAAUGCACUUUUACAAUUAGAGAAGAUGGAAAAAUUGUAGGUGGACUUGAAGUGGUAUUGACUUUAUUUGAACGCAGCACUUGAGCAACCAGAGUAUUGGAGGAAUCCUCAAACAAAAACCCUCAACUUCCGAUCCAAACAAAAA